AGGGUGAAGUAGAGAAAUAAAGUCUCCCCGCUGAACUACUAUGAGGUCAGAAGCCUUGCUGCUAUAUUUCACACUGCUACACUUUGCUGGGGCUGGUUUCCCAGAAGAUUCUGAGCCGAUCAGUAUUUCGCAUGGCAACUAUACAAAACAAUAUCCGGUGUUUGUGGGCCACAAGCCAGGACGGAACACCACGCAGAGGCACAGACUGGACAUCCAGAUGAUGAUGAUCAUGAACAGAACCCUCUACAUUGCUGCUAGGGACCAUAUUUAUACUGUUGAUAUGGACACCUCACACACAGAAGAAAUUUAUUGUAGCAAAAAACUGACAUGGAAAUCGAGACAGGCUGAUGUAGACACAUGCAGAAUGAAGGGAAAACAUAAGGAUGAGUGUCACAACUUUAUUAAAGUCCUUCUAAAGAAAAAUGAUGAUACUCUGUUUGUCUGUGGAACUAACGCCUUCAACCCUUCCUGCAGAAACUAUAAGAUGGAUACUCUGGAACCUUCUGGGGAUGAAUUUAGUGGAAUGGCCAGAUGCCCAUACGAUGCCAAACACGCCAACGUUGCACUGUUUGCAGAUGGGAAACUAUACUCAGCCACAGUGACUGACUUCCUUGCCAUCGAUGCAGUCAUUUACCGGAGUCUUGGAGACAGCCCAACCCUACGGACCGUCAAGCAUGAUUCCAAAUGGUUAAAAGAACCAUACUUUGUCCAAGCAGUGGAUUAUGGAGACUACAUCUACUUCUUCUUCAGGGAAAUAGCAGUGGAGUACAACACCAUGGGAAAGGUAGUUUUCCCAAGAGUGGCUCAGGUUUGUAAGAAUGACAUGGGAGGGUCUCAAAGAGUCCUGGAGAAACAGUGGACAUCCUUCCUGAAGGCUCGCCUCAACUGCUCGGUUCCCGGAGACUCUCAUUUUUAUUUUAACAUACUCCAGGCAGUCACAGACGUGAUUCAUAUUAAUGGCCGUGAUGUUGUGCUGGCCACCUUUUCCACACCUUAUAACAGCAUCCCCGGGUCAGCAGUGUGUGCCUACGACAUGCUUGACAUUGCCAAUGUUUUCACGGGGAGGUUCAAAGAACAGAAGUCUCCAGAUUCCACCUGGACACCAGUUCCUGAUGAACGCGUGCCCAAGCCCAGGCCAGGUUGCUGCGCUGGCUCAUCGUCCUUAGAAAAAUACACAACCUCCAAUGAGUUUCCCGAUGAUACCCUGAACUUCAUCAAAACGCACCCACUCAUGGAUGAGGCUGUGCCUUCUGUCAUCAACAGGCCGUGGUUCCUGAGGACAAUGGUCAGAUACCGCCUGACCAAAAUUGCGGUGGACACUGCUGCCGGGCCAUAUCAGAAUCACACUGUGGUUUUCCUGGGAUCAGAAAAGGGAAUCAUCUUGAAGUUCUUGGCCAGGAUAGGAAACAGUGGUUUCCUAAAUGACAGCAUUUUCCUGGAGGAGAUGAGCGUUUAUAACCCUGAAAAGUGCAGCUAUGACGGAGUAGAGGACAAGAGGAUUAUGGGCAUGCAGCUGGACAAAGCAAGCAGCUCUCUGUAUGUUGCAUUCUCCACCUGUGUGAUAAAGCUUCCCCUUGGCCGGUGCGAACGACACGGGAAGUGUAAAAAAACCUGCAUCGCCUCCAGAGACCCGUACUGCGGGUGGGUAAAGGAAGGAGGUUCCUGUGCCCACCUGUCACCCAGCAGCAGACUGACUUUUGAACAGGACCUAGAACGUGGCAGUACAGAUGGCCUGGGAGACUGUCACAAUUCCUUCGUGGCCCUGAAUGACAUUUCAACUCCUCUUCCAGAUUAUGAAAUGUCUUACAACACAGUAUAUGGGCACUCCAGUUCCCUCUUGCCCAGCACCACCACGUCAGAUGCGGCGGCUCAAGAGGGGUAUGAGUCUAGGGCAGGAAUGCUGGACUGGAAGGAUCUGCUCGAUUCACCUGACAGGACAGACUCUUUGGGGGCGGUGUCUUCCCGUAAUCACCAAGACAAGAAGGGAGUGAUUCGGGAAAGUUACCUCAAAGGCCAUGACCAGCUCGUCCCUGUCACCCUCCUGGCCAUUGCGGUCAUUCUGGCUUUUGUCAUGGGGGCCGUAUUCUCUGGCAUCAUCGUCUAUUGCGUCUGCGACCACAGGCGCAAAGACGUGUCCGCCGUGCAGCGCAAAGAGAAGGAGCUCGCCCACUCGCGCCGGGGCUCCAUGAGCAGCGUCACCAAGCUCAGCGGUCUCUUUGGGGACACCCAGUCCAAAGACCCGAAGCCGGAGGCCAUCCUCACACCACUCAUGCACAACGGCAAGCUCCCCACGCCCGGCAACACGGCCAAGAUGCUCAUCAAGGCCGAUCAGCACCACUUAGACCUGGCGGCCCUGCCCACCCCAGAGUCCACCCCGACGCUGCAGCAGAAGCGGAAGCCCAGCCGCGGCAGCCGCGAGUGGGAGAGGAACCAGAACCUCAUCAACGCCUGCACCAAGGACAUGCCCCCCAUGGGCUCCCCUGUGAUCCCCACGGACCUGCCCCUGCGGGCCUCCCCCAGCCACAUCCCCAGCGUGGUGGUCCUGCCCAUCACGCAGCAAGGCUACCAGCACGAGUACGUGGACCAGCCCAAAAUGAGCGAGGUGGCCCAGAUGGCGCUGGAGGACCAGGCGGCCACCCUGGAGUAUAAGACCAUCAAGGAGCAUCUCAGCAGCAAGAGUCCCAACCACGGGGUGAAUCUGGUGGAGAACCUGGACAGCCUGCCCCCCAAAGUCCCCCAGCGGGAGGCCUCCCUGGGCCCUCCGGGAGCCUCCCUGUCUCAGAAUGGCCUGAGCAAGCGGCUGGAAAUGCACCACUCCUCCUCCUACGGCCUUGACUAUAAGAGGAGCUACCCCACGAACUCGCUCACGAGAAGCCACCAGGCCACCACUCUCAAAAGAAACAAUACUAACUGCUCCAAUUCCUCCCACCUGUCCAGAAACCAGAGCUUUGGCCGGGGAGACAACCCGCCCCCCGCCCCACAGAGGGUGGACUCGAUCCAGGUGCACGGCGCGCAGCCCUCGGGCCAGGCCGUGACUGUUUCGCGGCAGCCCAGCCUCAACGCCUACAACUCGCUGACGAGGUCGGGGCUGAAGCGCACACCCUCGCUAAAGCCGGACGUACCCCCCAAACCCUCCUUUGCCCCCCUUUCCACAUCCAUGAAGCCCAAUGACGCGUGUACAUAAUCCCAGGGGGAGGGGUCAGGUGUCGAACCAGCAGGAAAGGCCAGGCGCGCGCCCAGCUCGGCGAGGCCCUCCACUGCCUGAGUACCCACCAGACCAAGACGGCCGCGGCGGAGCGGAGGACGCUGGGUGCCCCCCUCGGGGGCGCAGGGGGACUCUGGAAAACUGGGCCACGUGUUUGGGUGAAGGUUUGCGACGCGGGACUCACCUCCAUUCUCUGACUUCACUCUCCCCUCACAGCGUGCAGCAGGUCGGACUCACGAGAGACUUAAACUACCAUCACAAACAUGAGCCAAAAGCACACACCCACCCACCUUCCCACGCAUGCGCGCGCGCCCGCGCACGCGCGCACGCUCACCUCCCCCACCCACACCCGCACCCGCACCC